GCUAGCUAAACAAAACAAGAAUCCUAACCCCAAAAAGAAAGAUGUUUAGAAAACUUUUAAAAACCCAAAAAUGCACUCCCUUCCACCGAAAUUACUCCAACAGAAAUAUUUUAAAGCUAAGAGAACGCGCAAUGAUCCAAGAUAUAUUCCCCGAUAACGCCGCAAAUUCCGUUACUGAUAUACUCAACGCCGGUCCUCAAACAGUUUAUGCAGGCUUCGACCCCACUGCUGACAGCCUGCACGUCGGAAAUCUUUUGGUUUUAGUCAAUUUAUUGCAUUGGCAAAGAGCUGGUCAUCAACCAAUUGCAUUGUUAGGAGGUGCCACAGCUAAAAUUGGAGACCCCAGCGGUCGUAACACUGAGAGGGAGGAGCUACAGAAAAAUUUCAUAGACACCAACGUAAAAGGCAUCAAAAACGAUAUCACUACAAUAUUUGAAAACCAUGCAAAGUAUUUCUGGAAAGAUAAAGACCCCCUUAAACCACUCAAAAUAGUUAAUAAUGAUGAAUGGUACAAUCAAAUAUCAGCAGUAGAAUUGAUUGGUAAAAUAGGCAGGCAUUUACGUAUGGGAACAUUACUGUCAAGGCACAGUGUGCAUAGUCGGUUGAACUCAACACAAGGAAUGAGUUUCACUGAGUUUAGUUAUCAAUUAUUUCAAGCAUAUGAUUGGUUGUAUUUGUUCAAAAAUUAUGGGUGUAUGUUCCAGAUAGGUGGUAAUGACCAAAUGGGUAAUUUAAUGUCCGGCCACGAAUUAAUAAGCAAAGUAUACAAUAAACAAGUAUACGGCCUAACAUUGCCUCUAGUCACAACAGAAAUGGGUGAUAAAUUUGGCAAAUCAGCAGGCAAUGCUGUUUGGUUGUCUGCAGAGAAAACAUCCCCAUUUUCACUUUACCAAUUUUGGGUGCGACAAGCCGACUCGGAAGUGGAAAAACUUUUGAAACUUUUCACUUUUGAAACUGUCGGUGGCAUUUCUGAUCUCAUGCGCAGGCACAAGGAGAAACCUGAACUUCGAUUGCCACAUGAAACUUUAGCUGAACAAGUAACAACGUUGGUUCAUGGACCAGAGGGUCUUAAAAAAGCCCAAAAAGCCUCUGAAGCUUUGUAUAAAGGCAACGUGGAAGCUUUAGGUAAUAUGAAUAUAUCAGAUGUAGUGCAACUAUUUGAGGGGGCAACAGUGGUGGAGGUAUUACCAGAAGCCGGCCAAAGUGUUUUGGAUUUGUCCAUGAAAGCUGGCUGUUUUCCCACACAACAGGAUGCAUUGAGAAUUAUUGCAGCUGGAGGUUUUUGGGUGAAUCAAAAGAGGGCGAAAAAUCCUAGUGAAGUUGUUAAUAUUAAUGCGCAUGUAUUAAAAAAUAAUAUAUCGCUUCUUAGGGUAGGUAAAAGGAACUAUUAUGUUGUUAGGUGGUUGUCAUGAAUAAAUCAAUAAUUUUAUUAUAUUUUAUGCCUUCUUCACACUUCCAUAGUUGUCUCCAGCUAGAAAUUUUUAGAUCAAAGAAGGUUGCCUUCAUACUGCCAAUUUUUCCUCUCACAUCUGGAUUACAUUCCCACUUUUUAUUUAGAAAAAUUUCUUGUUUAAUGAGGAGAGAAAUAUUUCACUGGUACCUG